AUGAAAGAAGUACGUACCUCUGCUAUGGUUGCUGCUAAACUUAGACAAUGGGGUAUAAGUGUCACUGAAGAAGUAGGCAAUCUAGGUGUAGUCGGCACUUUGAAAAGUAACAAACCAGGUAAUCGUUCUAUUGGCCUGCGUGCUGAUAUGGAUGCUCUUGAAGUCAUUGAAAAGAACGAUUUGUCUUAUGCUUCGACGAUUCCUGGUAUCAUGCAUGCUUGUGGUCAUGAUGGACAUGCUACAAUGUUACUUGGUGCAGCUAAAUAUCUAUCAGAGAAUCGAGAUUCAUUUUCUGGAACUGUUUAUUUUAUUUUUCAACCUGCUGAAGAAAAAUAUAGUGGCGCCAUAGCUAUGAUAAAAGAUAGACUUUUUGACCGAUUUCCAAUGGAUGCAAUCUAUGGAUUACAUAAUAUUGUAGGUUUACCAGUUGGGCAAUUCGCCAUUCGAUCAGGUCCAAUGAUGGCAGCAGCCGAUACUUGGACUGUUACAUUUCGAGGUACUGGUGGUCAUGGUGCGACCCCACAUUUAGCUAUAGAUGUGACUGUGGUACUAGCACAAUUCAUUGUAGCAUUGCAGACAAUCGUUAGUCGUAAUAUUGCAGCGACAGAUACAGGUGUUGUAAGUGUCGGUGCCAUUCAAAGUGGAUUUUUCGAAUCAUUGAAUGUGUUACCAUCAGAAGUUCGUGUUGGUGGUACUGUUCGUAGUUUUACGAAAGAGGUACGAGAUAUAAUUGAACGACGUAUCAAUGAGUUGGCACAUGGUAUUGCUACUAGCUUUGGAUGCAUAGCUGAAGUGAUAUUCAAUCGACAAGGACUUGCACUUGUUAAUGAUAUUCAGUCUACUAAACGAGCCAUUAAAGUAGCUGAAAGUCUCGUAAGCGCCGAAAACGUCGAUUCGAACACAACACCAGUAACGAACGCAGAAGAUUUUGCUGAAAUGCUUGAACGAAAACCAGGUGCCCAUAUGUUUAUAGGAAAUGGACAGCAGUCUGGUGGACUUCAUUCGCCAACGUACAAUUUCAAUGAUGAUACUAUUAUUCUUGGCGUGGGCUAUUGGAUUAGUCUAGUACAACAAGAACUUCAAAAUGAACUUCAUGUAUCUGCAUUGUAA